GUAAACCGACACCGCUUCCUGGUGCGGGAUUUCCUCAUAAUAAUAAUGGACGUACAAAACGAAGAGUCGAGGACUAUCUAAGAAGUCGGUGUUAAUCAGUCAAUUUACAACACAAUACCUUUUUUUUUUUUUUUAUCUUAAGUCAGCGUGAAGAAUGUCGGACGCCAACAAAGCAUCCAAGGAUGUGGCGUUGUCCUCGUCAAGGGUGAUCUUUGUGGUCUUCGUCCUCUUGCUGCUGGACUUGCUCGGUUUCACCCUCAUCCUACCUCUCCUGCCCUCCAUCCUGGACCACUACGCGCACACUGGGGAUGGUGCCUAUCAGUCAUUGCAGAGUGCUGUGGACAUCUUCAGAGAGGCGCUUGGAAUUCCUAUGGAAAAGAAGUACAACAGCGUCCUGUUCGGAGGUCUGAUCGGCUCGCUUUUUUCCCUGCUGCAGUUCUUGUCAUCUCCCAUCACCGGAGCUCUGUCGGAUCGUUACGGCAGGCGACCUUUACUCCUCCUUACGACAAUGGGGAUCAUGUCUGGCUACGUGGUGUGGGCUCUGUCCCGAAGCUUCGCCAUGUUCCUUUUGUUCCGAGUGAUCGCAGGAGUGUGUAAGGGCAACGUCAGCCUCUGCACCGCCAUCGUGGCCGAUUUAGCCGACCCCAAAGCUCGGAACCGCGGGAUGGCCAUGAUUGGCGUGGCUUUCUCGGUGGGCUUCACCGCGGGACCUCUGAUGGGGGCGUACUUGGCCGUGACGGCCAAAACCGCGGGGCACGUCUUCUUCCAGACGCCGGCCUUGCUGGCGUUGGCCUUCAGCCUCGCAGACCUGGUUUUCAUUUGGCUCAUGCUGCCUGAAACGCUUUCAGCGCAUGCCAAGGGUUCCCAUUCUGGCUUUGGGGACUUUCAAGACCUGCUCAGCCCGGGGGCCUUGUUCAAUUUCUCUGCUGUCACGAGAACCAAAGAUCCACCCACAGAACAAAGAAUGCAGAGGCUGAAAGCGUUGGGUCGGGUUUAUUUCUGCUACCUCUUCCUAUUUUCCGGCCUGGAGUUCACGCUCAGUUUCCUCACGCACCAACGCUUCCACUUCACUAGCAUGGAACAAGGAAAGAUGUUCUUCUUCAUCGGCAUAGUCAUGGCAUCCAUCCAGGGCGGAUACGCACGCAGAAUUAAACCUGGACAUCACGUCAGAGCUGUCCGCAUGGCCAUCGCCGCACUGAUCCCAGCGUUUAUUCUCAUUGGACUCUCGUGGAACGUCACUAUGCUUUACGUGGGCUUGGCGCUCUAUUCCUUUGCGGCAGCAGUGGUGGUCCCGUGCCUAUCAACCCUUGUCUCUGAACAUGGCACGGCCAGUCAGAAAGGCACAGUAAUGGGCAUCCUACGCAGUCUGGGUGCUCUGGCCAGAGCUCUAGGGCCAAUUGUGUCAUCAUCUGUUUACUGGCUGGCUGGGGCACAGAUCUGUUUCCUCGUCACGUCAGCAUCCUUUGUGAUACCUCUGAUUCUGCUAACCGGCGCCUGACGACGGCUCAUCUCUGCUCAUUGUGACACCGUGAAUGUCUUCAUGUUUACAUCUGCUCAUUUGUGAUGGAGUCUCACAAGAAGAGCAACAAGGCCAAGGAGAGGAGAGGAAGAGUGUGUGUUGAAAUCUUUUAUACUGUACUAUUUUGUCACUUUAAAAAAGUCACACACGGUUUAGGUGCCUUAAAAGAAAUCUAUUUUCUUCUCAUUAGAAUUAGUAAAAAAAAAAAAAACACUUGCCUUUUUAAAGACUAGUGAAGAUUUGAGGUGAAAGUCCCAGUUUAUCAAGUUAAAACUAUAUUUUUAUUUUAAAUGUUUUUAUACUGUAUAAUCAAAGAUUUCAAACAGUUAAAAUGUUAUCGAUUUAAGAUGAUCAUUAAUGUAAUAGCAAAUGUACCAUAUCUGAUUCGCAAUCACUUAAAUGUCAUAAAGAAGAUGUGACAGGUUU